UGGAAAACCUUGCAACAAAAUUUCGAGUAUACAUGUGUACAUCUCUCCGUAAAGAAAAUGGGGAAUCGCCGUAAACAUUUAGACAAUUUCAAAACUGUGAACACUUUUACGAAUACAUACCUACCUACAUAUUUUUGCAGGAAUCUCAACAUUUCGAGAUGGCUAGAAGCUUACUCUCAGCAAAACGCGGACCUUACAACUCUACCUGGGAAUGCAAUAUUGACUGACGUCCUUGGUGAUGGAAAUUAUAAUUUGGUAAUAACAGAUAUUAAAUUUAAUGGGCGUAACCGUAGUAAGAUGAAGAUAUACAAGGGAACAUUAGUGAUUGACUUAUCACUGCCUGAUAUACCAAACUCUCUCAUUUCGUUUUACACAGAUCAAUUGGAACCGAAAAUACCAGCUGUUGCUGUAGCUUGUGGUUCUGAUUUAUUAAUUCACAAAAACAAUAAACCAUACUAUAAAUUUCAAGUUCCUCAGUCCUCAAUGUCGUCUUUGGAAAUUGAGUGCUGGAAGAAUAUUUCUGAAGGUGCAAAUAGCAUAAAAGAUGAGCAGAUAGAGAAACUAAAGAAGGAUCUGGAAACAGUGCCAUACGAUAAGUUGAGUAAUAGGUCUCAAGAAAUAUUAACAAUGCAGAAGUCAGAAAUAGCAGAAAUGGUAUACAACUGUAGCUCAAAAGAUUUUUUCAAAGAAUCGCCCAUUACGUGCAUGACUACAUUGAGAAAAAACUCGAAUGAUGAGCACGAGGUAUCUUGUCCGGUGUUAGCAACUGAAUCUGGAAAUAUUUACAUUUUGGAUCCACAAGCAUUCACCAUAGUGCAUCAGGCUAACACGAACACAACGAAAGUUACCCCAUUUUCAAUGAAAUCGACAGGAAUUUUCAACGUUGAGUUCAGAAUUUUUGUGGCUUGUAGAGAGGGCCAUAUAUGCGUCUUGAGAAGGGGAUGGCUAGAAGGGAAAUCUAUAAUACAUAUGACAACUAACAUAGUAGAUUUCGUUGUAGUUCCCGAAGAGUUAUUUGUGGUUGUAGCUACGACAGAUAAACUUAUCAGCUGUUUCACUAAAAGAGGUAGUAAGCUUUGGUCCAUAACAAUUAUCGACCAUAUCACAUGUAUGUGUUUAGCUCCACUCUAUCACAUCAGAAUCAAUUUAGUCGCCGUUGGUCUCAAAAAUGGCUCAAUACAUUUUUUUCAUGGAAGAAAGUUUGUCGAUCAGACUAGUGUUACUGAUGCGCCUUCCGUAAUCACAUUUGGACAGUUGGGUCAAGAGGAAAAUGUUCUUGUUGUCAUAACAAUGGCUAGUACAAUGAAUUUCAAAAUACUUAAACGAACUGCCGACUUCAACCUGAACACAGUAGAAAAUGUACCAUUAUUCCAAAGCAAACCUUUACCACUUCCCAAACGAAGUAAAUUAUUUCUGGAACAGAGUAUAAGGGAAAGAAGUGCAGCUUUAGAGAUACAUCAAACUUUCCAGCAAGAUCUCAUCAGGAUGAGGUUGAAUGCUGCUAGAGAAUUGCUUCAGCAACAUACUUAUCAAUCAGACAUUGUAAACCAGAAAGAACAAAUUAAAUUAUCGGCUCAGGUACUAGGACUGGGAACAAAGUUUACCGUUAUUUUUACACUGGAAAAUAUGGAAGCCAAUACGGCAGUAACUGGUAUCAGUAUGAUAUUACAUGUAAAACCAUCAAAUUAUGAUUGCACUCCAAACAACAUAACAAUACCAUUGCUGCAACCUAAUUUCUCCUAUAAAAUGAAAGUUGACGUCGAGGAAAAAUCGAGUGGGAAUCAAUUGACUGUUGUACAAUCAACAGAAAGCUCUAUCAUACGGGUUUUCAUAAUGAGGAAGUUUCAAUCUCAACCAAUUCUGGCGGCAACCAUAAAUAUGCCCCUCUCAAAUGUACCAGUAAUCUAAAAGAAUAGUAAAAACAGUGUUUUUCUUGUUAAGAUACAUUUCUUUAUAUUUUUGGCAAGUGUAAUUAUUUAUUGCAUUUCAUAUGGUGAGUAGAGUUCAAAAACUGCUUUGGUGAUACUCCGCCCAUUCACCUCAAUAUUUUUUUGCAUAUUAUUUAUGCUUGUUAAAUUAUGUGAAUAAAUAUGUUUUAUUAUUUUUCAUGAA